AUGAAUUGUUUCUCUUCUUUUGCAUCGAAAAGAGAAAUCACGCCUAAACGAUCGAAAUUCCUUCUAGGCGAAAGUGUCGAGGAAAAUGCAAACUUGGUCAUCCGUUUGCUGAUCCGAAGACCAGAGUGUUUGGGACCAGCGCUUCGUGGCGAGGGUGAAGGUCUGUUGAGAGCCAUCAUAGACGCCAACAAAAUGUCCGAACGGAUCGCUGAUCGAAGAACGGUGCACGACGAAGCGGAGGGUACAGCUGUCAUGCAGUUCGAGCACCCAUUGCCGGAAUCGGACGACGACGAAGACUACAUCGACACAGGAGCUGCGAUUUUGAACUUUUACUGUACCCUGGUGGAUCUACUAGGCCGUUGCGCUCCAGAAUCCUCAGUUAUCGAACAGGGAAAAAACGAGUCUCUUCGAGCGAGGGCCAUUCUUCGAUCGCUGGUGCCUCUCGACGAUUUGCAGGGCGUCCUGUCUCUGAGGUUCACCUUGCUAAACCCUGCAGCGGGCGAGGAGAAGCCAAAAAGCGACACGCCGUCCGGUCUGAUUCCCGGGCAUAAGCAGAGCAUCGUUCUGUUUUUGGAGCGUGUUUACGGCAUCGAGACCAGGGAAUUGUUCUUCAAGAUACUCGAGGAAGCGUUUCUGCCCGAUCUUAGAGCCGCCACUAUGUUGGACAGGAACGAUGGAUACGAAUCAGACAUGGCGCUAGCGAUGAAUCGUUACAUUGGAAACAGUAUUCUACCUCUGUUGAUCAAGCAUUCCAAAUUCUACAACGAGGCAGAUAACUAUGCCAGCUUGUUGGACGCUACGUUGCACACCGUGUACCGAUUGAGCAAGAACAGGAUGCUGACCAAGGGUCAACGUGAGGCAGUGUCGGACUUCCUCGUGGCAUUGACCAGCUGCUGACUCUUCACUACGAUCGUUGCGCGAAAUACUACGGCUCGACCGGCGGGCAAGGCGCGUACGGUGCAUCGAGCGACGAAGAGAAACGUCUGACUAUGGUCCUCUUCAGCAACAUCUUCGACUCGCUGUCCAAGAUGGACUACGACCCAGAAUUGUUUGGAAAGGCUCUGCCUUGCCUCACGGCCAUCGGCUGCGCGCUACCACCCGACUAUUCGUUGUCGAAAAAUUACGACGACGAGUGGUAUGGAAGUAAAUCUGCAUCUGCUCAGUCGCCUGAUGGACCGUACAAUCCUCAGCCAAUCAACACUUCCAGCGUGGUUCUCAACAACGAUCUCAACCAGAUAGUCCAGAAGUUCUCCGAACAUUACCACGACGCAUGGGCCAGUCGGAAGUUGGAAAAUGGUUGGACUUACGGUGAACAGUGGUCCGAGGUGAACAAGACUCAUCCGAGAUUGAAACCGUACAACAUGUUGAACGAUUACGAGAGAGAACGGUACAAAGAGCCAGUCAGAGAGAGCUUGAAAGCUUUGUUGGCUAUAGGAUGGAGCGUCGAACAUGCAGAAGUGGACGUACCAUCCACCAAUCGCAGUUCCAUGCGUAGAUCAUCAAAAAGUCAAGGUGAUUCAGCGAGUCCAUUUAAUUACAACCCUCAUCCAGUCGACAUGACUAACUUGACUCUGAGCAGAGAGAUGCAGAACAUGGCAGAGCGCCUUGCAGACAACGCACACGACAUCUGGGCGAAAAAGAAGAAGGAAGAACUCAUCACUUGCGGAGGUGGUAUUCAUCCUCAACUGGUUCCGUACGAUCUCUUGACGGACAAGGAGAAACGAAAGGAUCGCGAACGUUCCCAAGAAUUCCUCAAGUAUCUGCAGUACCAAGGUUACAAGCUUCACAAGCCGAACAGAGGCGGAGAGUCGGAAGUUGCAACGGCUGGAGCCUCCGUGGAAUUGCGAUUUGCCUACUCGUUGCUCGAGAAACUGAUAGCCUACUUGGACAAGGCCACCAUCAACAUGAAACUGCUGAGACCAUCCGACACGUUCAGCCGUAGGAACAGCUUCAAAACGUCCACGAGAGACAUUAAAUUCUUCAGCAAAGUCGUGCUACCGCUGAUGGAGAAAUACUUCAGCACGCACAAGAAUUAUUUCAUAGCUGUGGCCACGGCUACCAACAACGUCGGAGCUGCUUCCCUGAAGGAAAAGGAGAUGGUCGCUGCUCUGUUUUGCAAACUGGCUAGCUUACUCAGAUCUAGACUGGCUGCUUUCGGUCCGGACGUCAGGAUUACCGUCCGCUGUCUUCAAGUGUUAGUGAAAGGCAUAGAUGCCAAGAGUUUAGUGAAGAACUGUCCCGAGUUCAUUCGAACGUCUAUGUUAACGUUCUUCAACAACACUGCGGAUGAUUUAGGGCACACGAUUCUGAAUCUCCAAGAGGGCAAAUACAGUCACCUGAGAGGAACGCAUCUGAAAACUUCCACGUCCUUGUCGUACAUCAACAGCGUGGUUUUGCCGGUGCUCACAGCCAUGUUCGAUCAUUUGGCUUCCUGCGAGUACGGCAGCGAUUUGUUGCUGGACGAAAUUCAAGUGGCAUCCUACAAGAUGCUGGCAUCCCUGUACACUCUCGGUGUGGACGCCUCCCUGACGCACGACAGGAAGUACUUGAAGACAGAAAUCGAGCGUCACAAGCCCAACUUGGGUUCCUGUCUAGGUGCCUUUUCCAGCUGUUUCCCCGUGGCCUUCCUCGAGCCCCACUUGAACAAGCACAACCCGUACUCGCUGUUGAAUCGCAUAGCCGAUCAUUCCUUGGAAGCCCAGGACAUCAUGACGAAGAUGGAGUCGAGCAUGCCCACUCUGGAGACGAUCCUGACGGAAGUCGAUCAGUUUGUCGAAUCCGAGAAAACCUACAACGACCUCCCUCACGUGGUUGACGUCAUACUUCCUUUGCUUUGCUCCUAUCUGCCUUUCUGGUGGGCUCAGGGUCCAGACAACGUCAAUCCAACCGAAGGGACGUACGUCAGCAUGGUCACCAGCGAUCACAUGAACCAACUGCUGAAGAACGUGUUGAAACUGAUCAAGAAGAACAUCGGUAACGAGAACGCCCCUUGGAUGACCCGUAUCGCUGCCUAUACUCAGCAGAUUAUCAUCAACUCGUCGGAGGAACUGCUGAAGGAUCCGUUCCUGCCGCUCGCCGAACGCGUGAGGAAACGUACGGACAACAUGUUUCACAAAGAGGAGUCUCUCCGCGGUUUUAUUAAAUCAUCCACGGACGACACGUCGCAAGUCGAGGCGCAGAUUCAGGAAGAUUGGCAACUUCUGGUUCGCGAUAUUUACUCGUUCUAUCCACUCUUGAUCAAGUACGUCGAUCUGCAGAGGAAUCACUGGCUGAGGAAUAACAUACCGGAGGCGGAGGAUCUCUAUAAUCACGUGGCAGCGAUAUUUAACAUUUGGUCCAAGUCUCAGUACUUCUUGAGAGAGGAGCAAAACUUUAUAUCGGCUAACGAGAUCGACAAUAUGGUGCUGAUCAUGCCGACAGCGACCAGGAGGCCUGCUGCCAUUUCGGACGGAACGGCGCCGUCUGGAGGAGGCAAGAAAAAGAAGAAACAUCGUGACAAGAAGAGAGACAAAGACAAGGAGGUCCAAGCUUCCUUGAUGGUGGCCUGUUUGAAGAGGUUGCUCCCAGUUGGUCUAAACUUAUUCGCUGGUCGCGAGCAAGAAUUGGUGCAACACUGCAAGGACAGAUUCCUGAAGAAAAUGCCGGAAUACGAGAUCUCGGAAUUCGCGAAGACGCAGCUCACUCUGCCGGACAAGAUCGACCCAGCAGACGAAAUGUCCUGGCAGCAUUAUCUGUACUCCAAGUUAGGCCAAAAGAAGGACUCCAUGGAACCAGUGAAAGCGCAACAGCUGGAGGACGUGGUUGCGAGGAUCACCGAUAUGGCCAAAGUUCUUUACGGUUUACAUAUGAUAGAUCAUCCGCAACAGCAGAGCAAGGGUCAAUAUCGAUCCGUGGUGUCGAUACAACGUAAACGAGCUGUGAUCGCUUGUUUCCGUCAAACUUCCCUACAUUCCCUGCCCAGGUAUCCUCUUUUGGUUUUGGCUUCGCAAAGAUCUGGCGCACUCCAAGAGGAUCCUUUGUACAUGAGCUACGCGCAAAUUAUAUCGAAAUCUUGCGGCGAGGAGGAGGAGGAAGGCGAAGACGAGGGUGGAGGAGGCGAAGAAGAAGGUGGCGCCUCGAUCCACGAGCAAGAAAUGGAGAAGCAGAAACUUCUGUUCCACCAAGCGCGGCUCGCGAAUCGCGGUGUAGCAGAGAUGGUGCUGCUUCACAUCUCGGCGUGCAAAGGUCUUCCCAGCGAGAUGGUGAUGAAGACCUUGGAACUGGGCAUCUCCAUCUUACGCGGCGGCAACAUAGAGAUUCAACGAGGAAUGCUGAACCACUUGAAGGAAAAGAAGGACGUGGGCUUUUUCACUUCGAUCGCCGGUCUUAUGAAUUCCUGCAGCGUGUUGGAUCUGGACGCGUUCGAGAGGAACACGAAAGCGGAAGGCCUGGGAGUUGGCUCCGAAGGUGCUGCCGGCGAGAAGAACAUGCACGACGCCGAGUUCACGUGCGCUCUGUUCCGAUUCAUUCAACUGACGUGCGAAGGGCACAAUCUCGACUGGCAGAAUUAUCUGAGAACGCAGGCUGGUAACACGACGACGGUGAACGUGGUCAUCUGCACCGUCGAUUAUUUGCUGCGCUUGCAAGAAUCCAUCAUGGACUUCUACUGGCAUUACUCCAGCAAGGAACUCAUCGACCCCGCUGGCAAGGCUAAUUUCUUCAAAGCCAUCGGCGUCGCCAGUCAAGUAUUCAACACUCUCACCGAAGUGAUCCAGGGGCCUUGCGCUCAGAAUCAACAAGCGCUUGCGCACUCUCGAUUAUGGGACGCGGUCGGUGGAUUCCUCUUCCUUUUCUCCCACAUGCAGGACAAGUUGUCCAAACACUCGAGUCAAGUUGACCUUCUGAAGGAAUUGUUGAACUUGCAAAAGGACAUGAUUACCAUGAUGCUCUCCAUGCUGGAAGGUAACGUCGUGAACGGAACGAUUGGAAAACAGAUGGUGGACACGCUGGUAGAAUCCGCAGGCAACGUCGAAUUGAUUCUGAAAUACUUCGACAUGUUCCUGAAGCUCAAAGAUCUCGUAUCGUCGCCAAGCUUCUUGGAGGUGGAUCUGAACAACGACGGUUGGGUGUAUCCGAAGGACUUCAAGGAGAAGAUGGAACAACAGAAGAGUUACACCAACGAAGAGAUCGAAUUUUUAUUGGCAUGUUGCGAGACGAAUCACGACGGCAAAAUCGAUUACGUGGCUUUCAUGGACCGUUUCCACGAACCAGCCAAAGAGAUUGGUUUCAAUCUUGCUGUUCUAUUGACGAAUCUGUCGGAACACAUGCCGAAUGAACCGAGACUGGCGAGGUUCCUCGAAACGGCAGGCUCCGUGUUGAACUACUUCGAACCGUACCUCGGAAGGAUCGAGAUCCUCGGUGGCAACAAGAAGAUCGAGCGUGUGUACUUCGAGAUCAAGGAGUCGAACAUCGAACAGUGGGAGAAACCGCAGAUCAAGGAGUCAAAGAGAACGUACUUUUAUAACACCGUGGUGGAAGCCGGUGAGAAGGAGAAGUUGGAGACCUUCAUCAACUUCUGCGAGGACGCCAUCUUUGAAAUGCAGCACGCGAGCGCGCUGAUGGCGGUGGAGGAAAGCGGAGGGAUCGGAAAGGCGAGAGAAUCAUCUUACACUUACAUGACCGACGACGACGAAGAGAGGAACAAAGACCCCAUCAGGAGAGGCAUUCAAACGUUCAAAGACAGCAUUUACUUCUUCUUCUCCAUAUUCUCACCUACCAACAUCAAGAACAAAAUCGCAGAAAUGCAGCAGAUGACGUUCCUAGAGCUCUUCAUCGGUUUCUUCAAGAUGAUAUUCUACGCUUUCUACUAUUCUGGUUUUGGCGUUGGAUGUGUAAUUGGAUACUUCAUGAGGUUACUGUUGGCGUUGAUGAAAGGGCCACACGUGGAAGAACCUGUGAUCGAGGUGAAGGAAGGUGAAGAAAAACCGGCAAGACACUUGCCUGCGUUACCGCCAACACCGGACGAAUCGAAUCUACAGGUACAAGCGUUCGGAAUGGACAUAACGAAAGAGGAAGGCGGACAAAUAAAGAUCGCGCCCCACGAGUCGGCAACGUCCACUCCUCAAUCAAGCAUCGAGGAAACGGGUGAAAGCACGCCGGAAGAAGCUGCUGGCGAGGAGGGUGCGAGAGGUGAAGGCGGCGGAGACACGGAGUCACCUGUCUCAUUGGCUGACUUAUUAGGAGGCGAACAAGCUAGAGCCCAGGCAGCAGCUGCGGCUGAGGCAGCAGCCGCUCAGCAAGCAGCCAUGGCUGCUGUAGAAGCGGAAGCGAAGCAGGAAACGAUAGCAGAACCGUCGGGGUCGUCUAUCGAUUUCUCCGAUUACACCCAUCGCGUGGUCUCCUUCUUGGCCAGGAACUUCUACAAUCUAAAAUACGUGGCUCUCGUUCUCGCUUUCUGUAUCAACUUCAUGCUGCUGUUCUACAAGGUUACAUCUUUGGGUGGCGACGAAGACGAGGAAGGAAGCGGACGAAUGGCCGACAUGUUGGCAGAGAUAUCUGGCGAGGGUGCGUCUGGCUCCGGAAAUGGCAGUGGUAUAGAAAUAGGAAGCGGAAGUGGGGAGAACGAGUCGGAGGAAGAGGAAGACGAACCGCUCGAAUACGUGGAGGUGUCAGAAGACUUUUACUACAUGGCACACGUUAUAAGACUCAUGGCUAUGCUUCAUGCGAUCGUCUCUCUUGCUAUGCUGGUUGCCUAUUAUCACUUGAAAGUACGAUCAUUUCGACGAUCAGAGUUCUCUGUAUCUCGAUUGUGCAUUCGUGUUGACUUGCCUAUGUUACCGCAGGUACCGCUGGCUAUCUUCAAACGGGAAAAGGAAAUUGCGCGACGCGUGGAGUUCGAUGGUCUGUACAUCGCUGAAACGCCGGAAGAGGACGACAUCAAGGCGCACUGGGACAAGAUGGUGAUAUCGGCGAAAACGUUCCCCGUGAAUUAUUGGGACAAGUUCGUGAAGAAGAAAGUUCGACAGAAAUACAGCGAGACUUACGACUUUGAUUAUAUAAGCAACUUGCUUGGCAUGGAAAAGACUUCGUUCAGCCAACAGGAGGAAGAGGGUUCCGGUUUGAUACACUUUAUCGUAAAUAUCGAUUGGAGGUACCAAGUAUGGAAAGCGGGAGUUACCAUCACGGAUAACGUAAGCAAACGAUUAAUACUGGUGAAAUCUAAUUCUGUGAUUAGUUCUAGGAUGUUUGAAAUCCGUGAUAUUUGUUCACAGGCAUUUUUGUACAGUCUGUGGUACUUUACAUUUUCAAUCCUUGGCAAUUACAACAACUUCUUCUUCGCUGCUCAUUUGCUCGAUGUCGCGGUUGGUUUCAAGACUCUAAGAACGAUCUUACAGUCUGUCACGCAUAAUGGCAAACAACUGGUGUUAACAGUGAUGUUGUUGACUAUCGUCGUCUACAUAUACACGGUCAUAGCCUUCAACUUCUUCAGAAAAUUCUACAUUCAGGAAGAGGACGAUGAAGUGGACAAGAAAUGUCACGACAUGUUAACGUGCUUCGUAUUCCACUUGUACAAAGGUGUCAGAGCCGGUGGUGGUAUCGGUGAUGAAAUCGGUGAACCUGAUGGCGACGACUACGAAGUCUAUCGUAUCAUGCAAGUUGAAGAAAACAUCAAUGUCGUUAUCGAAUUGUUGAGUUUUAACUCUGUGUCUUUGCCGCGAACAGGUUUGAUCAUCGAUGCAUUCGGCGAGCUUCGAGACCAGCUCGAAAACGUGAAGACAAACAUGGAGAGCAACUGUUUCAUUUGUGGCUUAGGAAAAGAAUAUUUCGACACGGUGCCGCACGGUUUCGACACGCAUGUUCAGCAGGAGCAUAAUCUUGCCAAUUAUAUCAACGUAAAUCGUCAUGGUUGCAAAUUUUCCAGGUUCUUCUUGAUGCACUUAAUCAACAAACCAGACACCGAGUACACCGGUCAAGAAACGUACGUGUGGAACAUGUAUCAGCAAAGGUGUUGGGACUUUUUCCCAGUCGGCGAUUGCUUCCGCAAGCAGAACGAGGCGGUGGAGGAAGAGGCGAAGAAGAAAUAA